GGGGAAUAGGUACCGAAGAAAGAAUGACAGGCUACCAAGAUGUAAUCGAUCAUGAUAAAACGGAUGGGCGUGUGAAAUUGACAGCUCGUGAGAGAGAAAGUAAUUCCGAACAAAGACAUUAA